AUGAUUGUUAGAGUGAUUAUAAGUUUACUACUAUUGCUUAUGUAAAAUUUAGUAGAAGGUUACAAAUUAAUUUAUAUUUAGCCAUGACGGAUGCAUCAAGAGACACAACAACAGAUGCAGUUGUAAUUCUGUCAGUUUCUACUGUAUUGAGCAAAGAGAAAUCAAGUCCAAUAGGUUCAAUUAUGGGAGGCACAACAUUAUAUAUGAAAGUAAAAAUAUCAUUAAAUAGAAUAGGUUUAAGGUUUGGAUUAGACUGCAAGCAACAAUGCAGUAUAUAUUGGAAAGUAUCCAUGCCUUAUUUCAGAUAAAGGUGUUAACGGAUUGUUCAUGAAUUGUAAAACAACAAAACCUGAUCCAAAUGACCAUAACUUAUCAGGGUUAAAAAUAGUUGUAAAGGUCUUGGAUAAACCAGAUUCUGUUUGUACUUACAGUAGUGGGUCCUGUAGAUUUACUUAUUCUGAUAAUAUGACACCAAAAUUAUUUUAUGUAGUUCCAAGAUCAAAUUACCCUAGAAGUCUAAGUUAUUGGAGAGCUAAAUGGACAGUAUCUAGCAAUGCUGUAGAAUAUUUAGAAGGAUAAUUUAUGGAUGCUAAUAGAUGUGAUAGAUUCACAGUUUAAGAUAUGUAUCCAAAGGAAAUAAAUUAAUUGGAUGAUGGAGUAGUUUGCUAGGUUUCUGCAGAGAUAAAAGCUGGAUAUUAUGGUUAUACAAUAAAAUCAUAGAGGGGAUUUUAAAGUAAUGAAAUUGGAGUAAAAUAAAAGAAGGUCUAUUCUGAUAGAACCUAUGAUUCAAAGUAAUUAUUUUAUAAUAUAAAUUUAAAAGAGUAAUCCCAUUAAUUACAAGUAUCAGCACAAAUUUUAUAUCACCAGAAGGAUAAAUAUUAGAGAUUGUAGGUCUUGGAUUUAGUCCAAUAUCUUCUGAGAAUUUAGUAAAAAUAUCUGGACAAUCUGAAAAUAUAAAUGUUUUGUCAUCUUCACCCACAAACAUAAUUGUAAAGAUACCCAAAUUGGAAAACUUACCUAGGUUAUUGGAUGCAACAGAAAAUUCUUUAUAUAUAUAAGGAAGUGGAUUACAUUAUACUAGAUGGGAUGUGUCUGGUUUAAAUCUUAAUUGUCCUUCAUUUAGAUAAUAAAUAAUUACUGAUAAGACUAUCUUUGAUAGUAGAAUUAAAUUUGAUGGAAUCUAUCCAGAACCUGAUGUUCAUAAUAUAUUUGGUGUUAAUUAUGGAUAAUAUUUCAGAGGUUUCUUAAAGGCCCCUUUUACAGCCAAUUAUAAAUUUUAUAUUUCCUCUGAUAAUUGUGCUGAAUUUUAUAUAUAAACAUCUGAGACACUAAAACCUAUUAGAUCUGAUAGUCCAGUUGCAUCAAGUAGUUGGAAUCCUUACAAAAAUUAUUGGUAUGAAUACUUGAGUUCAUAAUCACCAAUUAAAACAAUAUCAGAAUCUAUUCCUUUAGAAGAAGGUUAAAUGUAUUAUAUAGAGGCUUAUCAUAUUAAUGGGAUUUAAGAAGGUCAUCUAACUUUGUCAAUGGAAAUUGAAAGUGAAACUAGAAAGUCCAAUUCCCUUAAUAGCAUCUAUUAAAUAUCUACUUCAUACACUCCUGUUAAAGAAGUGAUAGAGUUCUCUCUUUAUAAUUCAAAUGGAAAUACUCUAUUAAUUGGUAAAUAUAGACUUUAAUUUGCUCAUGGAACAAAGACUUACCCUUAGACUGAAAUUUAUUAUUUAUAUACAACAAUAGAAUUAUAUCCAAAUUCAAAUGCAAAUACAAUGAAAACAGCAAUAUAGAAUUGCGGUGCAAAUUAUCUAGUUACAGUAACAAUAACAAAAUUAGAUAACACUGGAAAUGAAUUAGAAGAAACUGCUACUACAUUUGCUGGGUACAAAUAUACAAUUACAUUUGAUUCUCAUAGAGGAGGAACACUUUAUAGAGCACUUCCAAAAAUAGUAUCAUCAACAUUAAGAGGAGGUGUAGUGGAAUAAAAGAUUGAAUGUACUUAAUCUCCUUUAGAUCCAAUCAGUGGUACAUUUCAAUUAAGUAUGACUAUAAAUGGUUAAGAUAAUUUAUUCUAAACAUCAGAAAAUAAUUAUGAUUUGAAUUUUAAUACAGCAACUACAAUAAUAGCUGAUAAUGUUUAAAGACUUACAGGUUAAAGACCAUUAGUAUGGACAAUGGGAAGAGCUUAAGAUGGAUGGACUUGGUUUAUUAAACUUAGAUCAUAUUUAGAAGAUCUUACUGAUUUUAGAGUAUCAAGUAGUUUAUUAAUAUCAGGUAAUGGUGAUGUCUCUAUUACACUUACAUAACCAUUACCAAACAGCAAUAAUUUAUUAUUUGAACCUAUUCCUAAUGAAUUGUUAUUUACAUAUAGUUAACAUCCAUAAGUUUAAGUUGAAGUUUAAUAUUAAUUAAUAGAAAAUGGAAUUGUAAUUGAAUCUGAAUAAAUUCUGGCAGGGUGUGCUUAAUAAUCAAUUUGUGACUUAACCUUGAAUGAUGAAAAAACACCAAUAGUGACAGCUUAUUCAAUAUCUGGAUCUGUGUUAUCUCUUACAAUAGAAGAAGGAGUUGAUUUAACAAUAAUUUCAAAUGAUCUUAUAAUUUAAUAUUUAGGAGCAGAUUGUAAUAACAUUUAAAUAACAAAUAAUGCAUCUCCAUACACAUUAACUUGCAAUUUAGAAUAGUAGGAUGGACAAAUAGUUAAAGAAGCAGGAGAUGGAUAAUUGCCUAUUGUUCAUCAUAAAGAUAUAGGAUAUUCUAAAUUAGAUUAAAGUUUAACAGUAGAAAACAUAGAUUUGAAUAUUGUGUAAAUUUCACCUAAUGCAGGAUCUCCUGAUGGAGGUACAACCAUCACAAUUACUGGUACUGGAUUCCCUAAAAACUUAAAUAGAGAAUUUACAUUUUAAAUUGAUGGUUAAAAUAUUAAACCAUUAUCAAUAUCAAACACUUAAUUAGUUUUCAUGACUCCAAAAAAAGUAAAUGGAGGUAGUGGAAGUAUUUCUCUUUCAUUUAAUUCAAAAUUAGCAACAAGUAUGUUAACAUAUGAUGAUUCAUUAAAGAUUCAAGUUACAGGUUUGUAAUUUAAUUAAAAAUCUCCAAUUUUCAGAGGUGAAAUGACAAUUACAGGAAUUAAUUUUGGAACAAUCAAAGAGGAUGUUAAAGUUACAUUAAUUGGAAAUAAAUCUUAUAAUGCAAAAGUAUUAUUAAUUACUGAUACUUAAAUUACAGUUUAUUUGAGAGGAGGAAUGCCUGGUAAUUAUAGAGUUAUUGUAACAAAAAAGAAUUUUGGUGAUUCAUUUGCAAAUAAUGAUGAUAAUUUAUUUAAAUAUAUAAUACCAAUAAAUAGUGUAACUUUAGAAGAUGGAAUUAGUUAAGCAAAAGGUUCUGAAGCAGGAGGUACAAUUAUUAAAAUUACUGGAUCAAAUUUUGUAUAAGGAGAAACUCUUGUAUUUAUUGGAAGAGCUGUUAAUUGGAUAUGUGAAAUAGAUGAAACUAGAUUUACAAGUGAUACAAUUUAUUGCACAGUUCCAGCUAAAAAUGAAUUUUAUACUUAAGAACCAUAAUUAGUAAUAGUUACAUUAUAAAUAACACUUGAAUCAACUUGUUUAGAUAGUACUAAUAAUUGUUAAUUUACAUAUGAUAAUGAAUUGACUCCUAAACUUGAAACAUAUCCUGAAUCAGUUACUUAAUAUACAGGAUCUAGAAUAUUAACAGAAGAAGAUCAUUCAAAACCUGAUUAUUAAAAGUUAAUAUAAAGGAAAAGAUUCUUAUGGACAAAUGAAUCAAAAUAAAAAGGUAAUCAUCACAUUUUACAUGUUGGUAAAUCUUCAAGAAGAGAUAUGCUCACAUCAACAGAAUUAGUUUUGAAUUAAUAAAAAACUUAUAAACCUGGUGAUAUAGAAACAUUAUCAGGAAUAGGAUUAACAUCUACUGUCUCAGUUGUAUUUAAAGGUCCUAUAACAUAAACAGUAACAACUAAUUUAAUAGAUAAUACUUUUACUUAUACAAUUCCAAAUCUACCUUAAGGAUAUUAUACUACUUACAUAUUAACUGAAAAUGGCUAUGCUGAUAAAAUAUGGAUUAGUAUAAUCGAAUUAAGUAUUACAACAAUUGACAAUGCUGCUAUAGGAGGAUAAAUAUUAACAAUAAAUGGUAUAGGUUUUAAUGCUAAUCAACAUCCAAAUGUAAAAAUUGGAUCAACAAUAUGUACUGAAUUAUAAGUAAUAUCGAGUGUAUAAAUUAAAUGUAGAAUGACAAGAUAAUCAGGAACUUCAGCAAUUUUAACUUUAACUUAAUUACCUUCUGAGAAUAAUUCAGCUACUCCUUAUACUGUUGAAUUUACUUUAUCUAUUAAAUCAUAAUAAAAUUCUCCUGUUAUCACAUCUAUAAAUGGUGCUAUCUAUGAUAGUAAUUAAAAGGCUUUUAAUAUAGCUACAGGAGAUGUUACUUUAGUAUUUACUGGUAGUAAUCUAACUGGUACAAAUGUUUUAGCCACAUUGGAAUAUAUGAGUCGUAAAAUUAUUGGUACAAUUUCAGCAUAAUCUGAUACAUAAGUAACUGCUACUUUUACAAAUGUACCAAUGGGAGUUUAUUCAAUAAAUUUAUUAUUAGAUAAUAUGUAUGCCUAUCAUAAUGAUAUUAAUAAAUAGAAAUUAAUUAUUAGUGCAUCUCUACCAACUUCAAAUAAUCCUAUUAUAUCUUAUGCUGGUGGUGCCACAAUAACAUUUACAGGCACUGGAUUUGAUACUUAAACAGAUUUUAGCUCUAUUUAAGUUUGUGGAUUUAAUUGUCCUAUUACUAGUUCAUCAUACACAACUCUUUCUUGUGAAGCUCCUAAAUUAUUGACAAAUUCAGUUUUACAUCAAUAUUCUGCACUUUAAGAACCACCUCGAUAUAUAAAAUUAUCAGAUAUUUAUUUAUUAGCUGAUACAGUCUCAAUAGUAUAGACAUUCUUUGAUUUGUAAUAAUCAACCUAUUAUAUUUCAACUGCAGCUUCUAAUUGUUUCUUAUAAGUUGACUUUGGUUAAAGUAAAAGUUUAAAAUUGAAUCAGUUGAGAUAUUUACCUAGAAUUGAUAUAGAGGCAAUUUAUUUGAAAGAUGCUGUUUUUUAAUAUACAAUAGAUGGUUCAAUUUGGGUGGAUUUAUUAAUAGUCGAUUAAACAGUUCAUACUGGUUGGAAUAUUUAUGUUCCUAAAGAUGAGAUUUCUGGGAUCAAAGCAAUUAGACUAUUUGAUUCAAGAGGAAUCACAGGUUCAUAAUGUUAAUUAGCUGAAAUUGAAAUAAAAGGAUGGGUAUUAUCAAAUAGUAAAAAUGACUAUUUAAUACCGACUUCUUGUAAUGUAGAUAUCCAAAUAAAUGGAUAAACCAUAGAUACAAUUUAAAAUGCUGCUAGUUAUUCAUCAAUUAAUGUUCCUAUCAUUAAUACAGUCAAUCCCAAGACAGGUAGUUUUACAGAAGAAGCUGUUAUUACUAUAAGUGGAACAGGAUUUGUUAAUGGAUAAACAUCUGUUACAAUUGAUGGAGUGACAUGUAGUAUUUAAAGUGUUUCUUAAACUGAAAUCAUAUGUAAGACAGGAAUUAAAGAUUUAGAAUAAACAUAAUUGAAUGGAGUAUUUUAAGUCAGAGUUAAUGGAAAUUUAGCAGUUAAUAAUUAAUAAUUUAUAUAUGCUACUAAAUGGUCAGACAUAAAUACUUGGGGAGGAUAUGAAUAUCCUGGGGAUGGAGAUUCAGUUAUUGUAAAUGCAGGUUAAACAUUAAUAGUUGAUGUUAAAACACCUAGAUUGAUGUAAUUAUUAGUGGAAGGUACAUUAACAUUUUCUGAUGAACUUGAUACUUCAAUUGAUGCUCAUUAUAUUGUUAUUAGAGAAGGCAAAUUCAACAUUGGAACUGAUUUGAUAGCUCAUUAACAUAAAGUAUAAAUUACUUUAUAUGGUAAUGAAGAUGAUAUUUAAAUGCCUGAAAUGGGUAAUAAAGUGUUAGGAUGUCAUUAAUGUUAGUUAAUAAUUCAUGGAAAAGAGAGAACUCCUACUUGGACAUUAUUGUCUAAUACAGCUUUAGCUGGAGCUACUUAAAUUACAGUAGAUGAUCCAGUAGAUUGGUAAAUUGGAGAAUAAAUUGUUAUAACUUCAAGUGAAGUUUAACAUUUGUAAAGUGAAAAAAGGUAUAUUGUAUAGGUGAGUGAAGAUAAAAAGACAUUGCAUUUAGAUUCUCCACUUUUAUUUAAACAUUAUUCAGCAAUUGAAACAUAUGGAGAUGAAUAAUUUCAUAUGAAAGUUGAGGUUGGAUUAUUGAGUAGAAAUAUUGUUAUAUAAGGGGAAUAAUCAAGUUUUAAAUAUGGUUAUCAUUUGAUGAUUCAUGGUAGAGCUGAAAAAGGAUCAAUAGGCAAAAUUUCAUAUGCAGAAUUUAGGUAUGGUGGAUAACCUAGAAUUAUUGGAAGAUAUCCAGUUCAUUUUCAUUUGAAUGGUGAAAUUGAUAACUCUUAUGUUAUUGGUAAUUCUAUUCAUGAUUGUUAUGCUCGUUGUUUAACUAUUCAUGGUGUUCAUUAUUUAAAGGUUUAAAAGAAUGUAUGUUAUAAUACAUUUGGACAUGCAAUUUUCUUAGAAGAUGGUAUUGAAACCAAUAACAUUAUUGAAGAUAAUCUUGUUGCAGGUACUAAAUAAAGUUGGAUAAUGUUAUAAACAGAUAUUACAGUUUCUACUUUUUGGAUAACAAAUCCCUAAAAUAUAUUAAGAAGAAAUAGAUCAGGAGGAUCUGAAUGGUAUGGAUUUUGGUAUGAAAUCAAAACUAAUCCUGAUGGACCAUCAGCUACAUCAGAUAUUUGUCCACCAGGUCUAAAUAUACUUGAGUUUAAAGAUAAUUGGUCACAUUCAAAUGGUAGAUUUGGUCUACGUAUAUUCUAAAUGGCUCCAAGAUAGUAUCCUUGUAUGGAUUUAGCAAAUUGGGCUAAUGAUUAACCUUAUAUUGAUAAUCCCAGUUUUUAAGCAAUUUUUGAAACAUUUAGAACAUGGAAAAAUCAUGAAUGUGGAAUUUUAGGUGAAGAAUUAGGUAACAUUUAUUUCAAAGAUAUUAUGAUUGCAGAAUCAAAAUUUGCAGGUUUUUAAUCUCAUAGAACAAAUCAUUCUUAUGAAGGAGCUGUUUUAGAUAAUGCUUUGAUUAUUGGAAAAUCAAUAAACAAUGCAUAAUCAGAUGCAUAUUAUAAAGGAUCUAGAGCAUUAGUUGUACCAAGAACAAAUGGAUUCCUUGCUAAAAAUAUUAGAAUCUAUAAUUUUGGAAGCAAUACUGCAUUAAUAGAAUCUUGUUCUAUGUGUUGGAAUGAUUUUGUAUGGGUUCAAGGUGGUAAGAAUACUCAUUUCUAGAAUGUAAGAGUAUACAAUUCAGAUUAAGCUAAUAGAAUAUAUUGGUAGAAUCAUAGAAGAGAAAUAUUCUGGGAUUUAGAUGGUUCUAUAUCAGGUGUAGAAGGAGGAGCUUAUAUUAUUCCAUAUAAGAAACAUAUUGAUGGUAUUCCAGGAUGUGUUACUCAUCCAGAAGAAUAUUGGGAUAAUUCUAUCAUUUGUGCUAUGAAUUAAGUUACAAUAAGGGAUGUAUUAAUUAAUAAUCCAACACCUGAAUAAGACUUCAGUGGUGUGGAUUUAAAGAUAUAUAGAUUAGAUGAUUCUAAUAUUGCAAAUAAAAUGGAUUAAUUAAUUGAUGAAACAAGAUAUAUAGAAGCUGAAACUAUGAUGGUUAUUAAAGCAGGUAGUGAUGAUGUUCCUAAAUCAUUUGUUAGUAUAUUUGCUACUGGAUUCACAUACAAUGUGCAUUUUAAAUUUGGAGCAAGUGAUCCUUUGAGCAUGGGUAUCUUUGCAUCACCUUACUUUACAGAGGCAGAUAAUGCUGUAGUAUUACGAUUUAAUUAUUCAGCUCAUAGAGAAACCUUCGAUAUUAUGAGACAUAUUGAAAAAUAAUUCCCAAUUAAUUACACUUCAUUAGAAUAGAUACCUGAUACACAUGUUUGUAAUCAAGGUGAUUGGUUUAAUGAUAAAACAAAUAAAUUAUUCUUCAUAUGUUUAUCUGGUAAAAAUAAGAAAAAAUAUGAAUAUGUUGAAGUAAGAGGAGUUAUAUGCAGAGAUGAAUGUAGUUCAUUAGGAGAUGUAAAAUAAGAAGAUGGAUAUAGAUACUGGAGUGAUCCUAAUACUUGGAUAGAUAAUAAAGUACCAAUUGAAGGUGAUAGUCCAAUUGUAUAAGCAGCCUAUCAAGUGAUAUUGGAUGUUGAUACACCUAAAUUAGCUAAUUUAACAAUUUUGGGAACUUUAAUUUUCGAUGAAAGAAGAGCUAUGACUAAGUUAGAAGCAGAAAGAAUAUGGAUUAGAUCAGGUAAAUUAUUAGCAGGUAAUAUCACUCAUCCAUUUCCUGGUAAAAUUAAUAUCAUUUUGAAUGGAGAAUUUGGAGAUAAUCCAUUAGUAAUUGAUGCUAAUUUAGAUGUUAGUAAUAAAGUAUUAGCUGUUACAAAAGCAUUAGAAUUAUAUUCAACACCACCUUAAACAGUUUGGACUAGAUUAUCUAUUUAUGCUGAUGCUGGAUCUACAGAAAUUUAAGUUGUAGAAUGUGGUGGUUGGGCAGUAGGAGAUGAAAUUGUAUUUGGUCCAUCAGGAACUAAUCCAGAUUAAAGAGAAAAGAGAACAAUUUAAUCUAUUUAAGGAUGUGUAAUAACAUUGAAUACAGCACUUGAAUUUGAUCAUUAUGGAGCUCCAUAAGUAACUAUAGAUAAGGGAGAGAUAGGUUAAUUAGAUAUGAGAGCUGUAGUAGGUCAUUUGACUAGAAAGAUUAAGAUUGAAGGUGGACCUAGUGUACAUGGUUUAGGAUGUAGAGUUUUAAUUUACUAAUUUGAAGAACCUGAAGCAAAUUUAGGAUUUCCAAGAAGAGGUUACACUAUAUUACAUGGAGUAGAAUUUAAUAAUUGUGGAUAAUUUGAUACUUAAAGAAGUGGAUUAGAUUUUAGAAAUCUUAAAAGUAAGAUCAUUAAAACUCAAAGUGAAGUUAUUGGUUGUUCAUUUCAUGAUUCUACAGGUAUGUUGAUGACAAUACAAGAUUCAUAAUAUAUUACAAUUAAGAAUAAUAUAUUCUUUAAUGGAAUUAAAGCUUUAGUAUAGAUUAAUAAUAGUCAAUAUGUUAAAUUUUAAGAUAACGCUAUGAUAUAUGUGAAGAAAAGAAUGAUAUAAGAGAUGGAAGGUGGUAUUGCUAAUUGGGCAGUAUUUGGAAAUUUCAUUUAUAUGGGUGAAUAUAUACCAACUUAAAUGACUAGGGAUAUAGUUGAUAUAUCAGGUAAUGUAGGACAAGGAUCAUAAGAUACAGGAUUCUUUAUUAUGGGUAAUAAAUGUAGUGAUGCUUAAAUAUCAUCAUUCUAUAAUAAUCAUUGUUCAGGUACUGUGUUGGUUUGUUUUGCAGUUAGAUAAGUAUCUAGUAAAUGUACAUAUUUAUCAGGAUUAUAUGCACAUCAUAGUGAAGGAGGAAUAAUGUAUGCAGUUUAAACUGAAGAAAUUUAACUUGAAAAUAGUAUAGUUGCUGAAAACAAUAGAAGUAUAAUAUUAAAAUUAGGAUCAUGGAAUUAUUAUGAAAAUAACAUGAAGCUUAAUAAUAUAUAUAUUUCUGCUUUGGUUAGACCAGAUUGUGUUAAAUGCUAUUCAGCUUCUCUUAGUCCUCAUUGCAGAGAAUCUAUAGGGAUAUAAAUGGGUACUGUCUCCACUACAGCAUUUCCUCCUAUUGAUACUCCCAUCUCUUCAGAAUUUGAUGUUAUUUGUACACCUUAAAAGAUUGAUCUCAAAGUUUAUUUAACAAAUGUUGAAUUCCACAAUUUUAGACUCACUUAUGAUAAUAUACCAUAAUGUGGUUAUAAUGCUGCCUUUAGAUAACAUAAAAUAGCACAUGAUAUGUCAGGAUAACAUUACUUAAUUAAUUCACCAUGUACAAAUUGUUAAUUUGAAGCUCUAUUAUAUAAUACAUUAGGAUUUGAGGUUAGAAAAUUAGGAUGGUUUGGAGGUUGUGGUUCAUUUGGUUGUUCAGGAUUAAUCAACUUUUUAAUUGAAGAUUAAACUGGACAUUUCUUUGGAUAAAUAGGUUAAGGUAUUGGUAAUAAUACUUAUUUUGGACCUAAUGUUACAUAUUGUACUAGAUAAGAUUCAUGGAAUGGAUAUUGGUGUCCAGAUAGAAAGAUUACAGUCUUGGGAUUUAUGAGUGCUGCUCCUGAUUAUAAUAAGAGAUUAUAUUCACCAAUUAAAUUAACUGAUGGUUAAUUCUUUAAUGAAAUUAACAGUUAAAUUGAAUGGCAUUGGUAGGGAUCAGAACCUUUGAAUUUAAGAGAAUCUAAAUUUGUAGCUCUUGUAUCAACUAACACUAUUAUAAAUAUGACUAAUGCAGGAACCAACCCAACAGCAUCAGAAUAUUAAUUAACUAAAAGAAGACAAUCUGGUAGUCCAGAAGAUUUUGUUAUAUUAAUGUGGUAAUUUUAAGAACCAUAAUUUAUUUAAGUUUUUGUUAAUAAUAAAGCUAUAUAACCAGGAUUAACUACUCAUUCUAAACAUCAUAAUCUAAUGAUGAUGACUGAUUAAUGUGGAGCUAAUAAUUAUUUCUAUGAAAAUAAAACUAUCCAUUUUGUUGUAAAUGCAUAAUUAGGAUGUAAAGUUAAAAUUGCUCUUAAAAAUACACUCUAAAUAUCAACUAGAUUUGAAUUAUCUACUGAAGAAUUUUAUGGUGAUAAGUUUUUAUAAUAUGCUAGAGCAUAAUUAGGAGGAGAUCCUUAUAAUUAUUUUAUUAUAGGUAUUAAAAAAUCAACCAGAAGAUUUUUGGAAGAAAGCAUAUCUUAUUAAGUCUAAAUUGAAUGGGGUAUAGUUGAUAGUGCAGAAAUUGGAUCUGAAUAAUCAUAAUAAUCAAAAGCAAACUUAGAAAAUUUAGCCAGUAAAUUAGAGUUUCUAAAUCCACCACCUGAAAUUGGUAAGAUUUUAGAAUUGAGUGCAUCCAUCUCAGUUAUUGAUAAAUUGAAUUAUCCAACUACUGAACCAACAUCAAGUAUUAUUAUAUAUAAAUAUUAUUUUAGCUUCUCCAUAAUAAGCAGGAUCUAAUAAUUAGAGUAAUGGAAAUACAAAUAGUAAUACAGGAUAAGAAUAGAAUAAUAAUAAUAAUAAUAAUAAUAAUAAUAAUAAUAAUAAUAAUAAUAAUAAUAACUAAAAUGAUACAGAUGUAUUAUUUACAACAGAUGAAUCAAUUAAUUAAGAAGAAUCAAAGGAUAUAUCUAAUUAAGAUAAUAUAGGAACAAUAAAAAAAUCGAUAAGCUCAAGUGAAACUUAAUCUAAUACAGUUGUUAUUGUAGUUUCUGUGAUUUGUUCAGUAGUAGGUAUCUCAAUAUUAAUUGCGGGUUUGUUAUAUUAUAAAAAGAUUAAAUUAGCUAAAUUAAUUGCUGCAAGAAAUCAAAGAGUUGAAAAUGAAUUUUAUAAAAUCAAUCUCACAGAAUAGCAAUUGCAACCAUAAUGA